AUCAUCUUACAGGUUACAACAAAGUUCAAAUAAUAUUUUGAAUAAAAAUGAUUUCUAUAAAACAUCAAAAAUUCCUUUCAAAAUGUGUUUUAUUAAUUUUAUAUCUAGAUUGUGUAAAAUGCUCAGGUUGUAACAGUAAUAAAUUAUUGUAUACAGAAAUUGGAUGUAAACCUAUAAUUGAAAAUGAUUCAAAUUCUUGUCCAGUGGCAUACGACUGUGAAAACGUGUUUACGAGAUCAWGUGACAAGUGUUAUUUUAAUGGAAAUAUCUAUGCACCAAGAGCUAAUAUCUCUAAGAAUGACUCAGCAUUAAGCUUAUGUGUAUCCAGUUGCUUCUGCGAUCAGAAAACAAACGAUAAACAAAUAACAGCUAAAUUUGUAUGCGAAUACUAUCAAUGYCCGUCUUAUUUCACAUUAAUGCUCGAACAAUGUUACUAUAAAUUUGACAAAAAUGUAUGCUGCGAGACUGAAUCGUWCUGCCCUGAAGAUAAUAAUGCGACCAUUCAUGAGUGUAUUUAUGAUGGUAAAACUUAUAAGGAUGGACAACAAUUUAAAAUUCAAAAUGAUUACUUAUGUGUAUGUUCACAAGAAUUCAAUGGUAAAUAAUGCUUUGUUAAGAAAUUUUAAGACAACUUAAA